AUGAACCACCCAAAAGGUCAAGAUAUUCUGGGGUGUUUUCUCACACGUGGCUGGUGUUCACCGAUUUGUUAUGUUCAUUGGAAAAAGUUUGUCUUUCACGAGCGACAAUCAGCAGUCGAUGAAAACGAUCACAUGGUGAUCAACACUCGGUUUCAAAUCGUACCAGACCGAGAAGCGCGGUGCCAGGAGAUGCUAGCGGGGUUCGACUUUACCGUCGUACAUCGCCCAGAGAAACAGUAUCUCAACGCAGACGCGUUUUUGCGGAUUCCCACGCGUGAGCCCCACAGCUACAUUGUUUGUGAGGACCUAGAUCUAAAUGCCCUGUCAGUGACAACUUCGGCUGUUAACUGUGCUGACCCCCAGCCCAGUGAUCCAGACGCGGUCUCAUCUACCACAGGCUCGCACAAGGCUGUGUUUUACCUCUAA